AUGUGGGCGGCACUUCACCUCCCGGAGCAUCUCGCCGAUCACCCUCUCUGGCGCAACGCUGUGCGCUGCAUCACGGACGCGGGCCAUGGCUACGUUCCCCCGAAGCGGCGGUAUGUUGGUGGCGCCGGCCUUGCGCGCUGCCGCGAAAAGAUCGAGAGGGGGCUCGCUCCCAUCACUGCGAGCUGGAAGCGGGAUGGCGUGACGAUAGGCUCGGACAUGAUGACGGACAAAAGUGGUCGUCCCCAAGCCAACAUCCUGCUCAUCAACGAUUCCGGUUCAGUGUUCACCGAAACCAUCGACUGUAAGUUGGAGACAAAGACGGGAGGUUACAUUGCAUCCGUUUUGCGCCCGAUCAUUGAGAAGGUGGGGCCCGCCAACAUAGUUGCGUUAUGCAUGGAUGGGGGCAGCAAUUAUGCGGCUGCAUGUAGGGAACUCAUGCUUGAGUAUCCUCACAUUGAGCAUGUGCCGUGCGCUACUCACGUCAUGGAUCUGCUCAUGGAGGACAUUGGUGAAAUGGAUUGGGCGAAGGACAUUGUGGCUAAGGCGGGGGUGAUUAUUACCUUUGUGCGUGCCCACCAUUUCACCAAAGGUUACAUGCGAAGCCCGCAGGUGAAGGGAGGGAAGGGGAAGCAGGUGCUGAAGCCGGCGGGCACCAGAUUUGGCACGCAAUUCAUCGCGGUGCAGCGGCUUUGCGAGGUGCGGAGUGCAUUGACGCAGAUGGUGCUGAGCCCGGAGUGGCAGGCUUGGGCGAAGGGGAGGAAGCCGCUGGUCGAGCCCUUCGCAACCAUGAUCAUGGAUGCCGUGUGGUGGAAAGGUGCGGAGUUCUUCGUCGCCCUCCUGAAGAUCCCCUUUGUCGUCAUGCGCAAGACCGACUCGACGGCCAAGGGCAUGAUGGGUAGGAUGUACGAUCUGAUGCUGCAGCUCACGGAAGACAUCAAUGCGAAGUUGGAGGAGGAGGAGGCGGGAUUGGUGCUGUCCAGCAGUGAACGCACGGAGGUGACCGUCACGCGCAAGGAGGGCGAGGAGCUGCGCGCAUCCCACGUCAUCCAGGACGGCCUGACGGCAUUCAACACCCUUCAGGGGAGCUUCGGCCUACCCGACGCCAUCUCUGACCGUGAGCUCGUGAAGGCCGGUAAGAAGACGGCCGUCCAGUGGUGGACGUGGCACGGGACGGAGCACCCCGAGCUAACAACGCUCGCUUGCCGCGUUCUCUCUCAGCCAGUGUCCGCAUCGGCGUGUGAGAGGAACUGGGCAGUGUGGGAAUCGAUCCACACUGCCAAGCGCAACAGGUUGGGGUCCGAGAAGUGUCGGGACCUCGUGUAUGUUGCGCACAAUUGGAACAUUGUGCGCAACUGGCACAAGGGGGCUGAGGGGGUGACGGUUCUCCCGGGGAACAUCCCUGAGGCCUCCCUGCCGGAAGGGUACAACGAGGUUCUGGAGGAGGAUGAGGAGGAGGGGGAGGAGGAUGAGCUGGAGGAUGAAUGCGGAGCGACGGGCGGCAGCCCGAAGGUGAAGCUGCAGGGCGACGGGCGGCGGCCCGACGAGAAGCUACAGGGCGACGGGCGGCGGCCCGACGAGAAGCUGCAGGGCGACGGGCGACAGCCCGACGAGGAGAAGGAAUGA